UGUCCUGCGGAAUGAAAAAGAAGGCGGCAGGCCCUGGCCUCCGAGGACCACCUGUGGACCUGAGAUUCUCAAAUAGGGUGUCCCACUCUGCGCUCAUCCGCCAUGGCCCAGUGCGGGCCAGGCAGUGGCUCCCGUGGCCCGAGCCCCAGGAGCGGGAGUCUGAGAUACAAAUCUACGGCUGUCCCUAAGGACCAGUCCACGUCCCCCCUGCAGAACUGUUGCACUUUCCUUGCGGAGCGUUGCUACUUGGUAUUCGACGGAGGGCUGGCGUUUUUGCGGCCAGAAUCAGAACCGCAAUAGCGAGGAUUCCACCUCCACCUGCAGAUUUGUGCUGAGCGGCGGGCGAGCCGCAGAGGCGAACAGACGCGCUGCCUGCCUGCUGCUGCCUGGGGCCCAACCGGUAGGGCCAGACACGACAGGCUGGGGGCAAGACACACACACACACACACACACACACACACACACACACACACACACACAGACUCAUGAGGCCCGGGACAGGCGCGGAGAGGAGGAACCAUUUUGCUGGGUCGAAUUUUCGCGUUUCUUUGUCCGUGUCGGGGGCGUUCCGUGAUCCACGACCGGGCUUGCGGAAGGAGCAUCUCUAGAGGACGACCGCGAGGGCGGCGGGCAACAUUGGCCGGGAUCCGAGCGCCACCAUGACGCCUGCCGGGUGCGCAGCCGGCUCGGGGCCCCGUCGCCUGCCCCCGCCGCACACACGCGCCGCGCCGGAUCCGAAGCGGGCUGGGGAGUUAUGUAAGCCCCUGGCGGGAGGGGAGAGGGUCUUUGAUGUGUGCGUCUCUCGCGGCGGCGGCGGCGGCGGCGGCGGCGGCGGCGGCGGCUCGAGCGGCUCAGGUUGAUGCAGAACCCGAUGACAGGGGCCUGGCGCGAGCGCACGGCUGACGAAAGCGGCUUAGCCCGCUCGGUUUCCAUGGCGACGAGCGGGCGCGGCGGCGGCGGCGGCGGCGGCGGCGGCGGCGACCGCGCGUCCGCGGGGGGCUGCAGGAGGAAGGCGGCGGCCGCGGCCGGGACCCUCGCGGCAGACAUGGACUCGCACUGCGACUGUGCCGCCGAGACGCCGGCCGCCGAGCAGCCGUCGGGCAGGAUCAACAAGGCCGCGUUCAAGUUGUUCAGGAAGAGGAAAUCGGGCGGCGCGAUGCCCAGCAUUUUCGGGGUCAAAAACAAAGGGGACGCGAAAGGCUCGGGUCCGACGGGGAUGGCGAGGAGCCGGACCCACGACGGCCUGGCCGAGGUGCUGGUGCUGGAGAGCGGCAAGAAGGAGGAGCCGCGCGGCGGCGGCGGCGGGGGCGGCGGGGGUCGGCCGGGCGCGGCGGCGGCGGCGGCGGCGGCGGCGGCGGCGGGGGGCGCCCCCAGGGCGGCGGGCCCCGGCGGGGGCUCCGCGGCCCCCAGCGCCGUGGCCAAGUCGCACAGCUUCUUCUCCCUGCUGAGGAAGAACGGGCGGCCGGACAGCGGCCGGGGCGAGCCCGCGGACGCGAGCAGGGCCGGCGGCAAACAAAAGAGGGGGCUCAAGGGGCUCUUCAGCAGCAUGCGCUGGCCCAGGAAGGACAAGCGGGCCAAGGCGGAGGCCAAGGGCGAGCGCGCGGGGGCGCCGGGCGGCCUGGUCCUGCCGGGCUCGCUCACCGCCAGCCUGGAGUGCGUCAAGGAGGAGACGCCCGCGCCCGCGCCCGCGCCCGCGCGCCAGCCGGAGCAGCCGCGCGGGGACGCGCCGCCAGAGCCAGCAGCAGGUGAGCCCGGAGGGGGGCAGCCGGGGCCGGCCCCCGCCGCUCGCGCCCCCGCGCCGGACCGCCGACGGGCCCCCGGCCCCGCCGCGCCUCGGGCCGAGGGCGCCCGGGGAGAGGACGCCGCGGGGCACCGGCGCGCCGAGGAGCCCCGGGCACCCCCGGAGCCGGGCGCGGGGGAGGAGGCGCACACGGCCGAGGAUGCCUGCAGGACAGGUGACGCUCCGGCACCGCCCGUCCCCCUGCUCGACGCGGAGUGCGGCGGCCGGGCGGCGGCCGCCCCCGACCCUUCCUCUGUCGAUCCGCCCUCAGACCCGUCGGCCGAUCGUAUUUGUUUGAUGUUUUCUGACGUGACUUCACUGAAAAGCUUUGACUCUCUUACAGGCUGCGGAGAUAUUAUUGCAGACCCGGAGGACGAGGCGGGUCCCAGCUGCGACAAGCAUGCCCCCGGGCCUGGCAAGCCAGUCCUGUCUAAAAAGAACCCCGGCGUGGUGGCCUACCAGGGCGGAGGGGAGGAGAUGGCGAGCCCGGACGAGCUGGACGACACCUAUCUCCAGGAGUUCUGGGACAUGCUGUCGCAGACCGAGGACCAGGGACGAGGGCCCCAGGAGGCAGCGGCCACGGCGGCGGCGGCCACGGCGGCGGCGGCGGCGGCCCUGGACGCCCAGGUGGGGCCGGAGACCCCCAAAGACGCCAGGUGCGCAGAAGGGGCCAAGGACGUGCCGUUGGGCAAGCACCGGAGGCUCAACCGGGUUCCCAUGGAGCUCCAUCCCAAGGAGGAGCCCAAACCCCCGGAGAAGGAGCAGCAGGAGGGCGUCCCCAACAGCGACGAGGGCUACUGGGAUUCCACCACUCCGGGCCCGGAGGAGGACAGCGCCGGCGGCGGCAGCGGCAGGAAGGCGGCCAUCCCCCGGGAUAGCUACAGCGGGGACGCGCUCUACGACCUCUACUCCGAUCCGGAUGCGGGCCCGGCCGUCGUCCCCGCCAGCGAGGAGACGGCCUGCUUGUCCCGGUUAAAGCCCGUGUCCCCGGUCACCAUCACCUGCCCGCUGCGCACACCAGGCAGCCUGCUGAAGGACUCUAAAAUCCCCAUCAGCAUCAAGCACCUCGCGAACCUCCCGUCCAGCCAUCCCGUAGCGCACCAGCAACCGGUCAGGAGUGAGAUGCCCAGAACAAAAAUCCCGGUUUCCAAAGUGCUGGUCCGCAGGGUCAGCAACAGGGGCUUGGCUGGGACCACCAUCCGGGCAGCGGCGUGCCACGACACUGCCAAAAAGUUGUGAGGUCUCCGAGGCCGACGUGCAUGGACCACACGUCAAGGAAUACAACUUUCCCUGGGAACCACUGAAAUAAGCUUUGCUUCCCCCUAAACGGAGGCUCUUAGGACCGUCCCUGCUCCAGAGCCUAGACCCAGGAGGUCCCUGUGCGGCCAGCAGGGGCAGCAGGAUACAGCGUGGAGGGGGUGCUACACAUGGGAUUCUCCUCUCAAGAUAAGUUUCCUGAGAAUUAUUUUCAAGCGCUUUUAAUUUUUUUACCUUUAAAAACAAAAAAUCUUUGGUUUUCCUUUUUUUUGCUUUGAUGCGCUCAACACUUGGAAGUCACCUUUACUUGCCUUUGCAGAAAACAGGACUUAACCAAACACACCUAAGUAAGCGUCACGCCGUGAUACUUGGCCGUGCCAGGCAGGGUGCAAAGAGGGCCUGGAGGAACCACUGCCAACCCCAGGGGAGCCCCUCCUCUCCCAAGACACCUUCCUUCCUUCCUUCCUUCCUUCCUUCUUUUCCUUUUUCUUUCCAGGAAAAAAGAGAGAGAGGGAGAGAUUGAAAGAAAGAAAGAAAGAAAGAAAGAAAGAAAGAAAGAAAGAAAGAAAGAAAGAGAAAAGAAAAAAAGACCCUUCGCCGUACCACUGUGUGGGAAACACCCCCAAAGCUGAAAGGGUCUGGUCUUCACCUGAUGAGCAGAGGGGAUCAGUGAAUGGCAGAAAAUUUGCCUGCUUUCAGUUGCCUACUUUCAGUAUGCAAAUAGGUCACUAUGUACCACCAGGACCAUAAAGGAGCACUUUGGUUUGCUUGGUUGAGAUCAUUUGUUUGGGGAGAAGUAAAGAGCUCAACGGAGCAGGAUUUCUUUUUUUCUUUCUUUCUUUCUUUCUUUCUUUCUUUCUUUCUUUCUUUCUUUCUUUCUUUCUUUCUCUCUUUUUCUUUCCCACCCAGUGAAGAAAUUAGGAUCAGGGAAAGAUUUCACUAAAAUGCCAAGAGACACAGUAUUUUAGCAUUUAUAAUCUGUAACCUUUUCAGUUUAUCCAGCUGUUAACAUUUUAUAAUCUAUCAGUAACCUCGAAUUUAAAAUCUGGUUUUAUAACUAGUUAUGGUAACUGUCCCUGGACUAUUGAUGUUCUUUUCUGUACUGUAACCUAAAGCAAUUCUGUUUUUGUUUUAUAUGGGUUCUCUGGCUCUCAAUGCAGGGGUAAAAAAAAAAAAAAAAAGAAAGAAAGAAAAAAAGAAAAGUCUGUUGUGUUGACCUCCCAGAGGAAUGGUUCUGUCUUGUCUUGGGUAAGAGACUAUUUAUCAGAGAUUUUUACCUUGGUUAUAAAAAUUUUGGAUUCCACCAUUCUACAAUAUAGGGAGUCCCAAAUGAGGAACAUAUAAAGAAAAAACAAGAGAAAAACACAAUUUUUCAUGUUAGUUGACUUUUGCUUUAUGGACUUGUGAUUGGGACAGGUAUGUUCAGAAUAUGACGCUGGCAAGCAUAUGUAUCAUAAACAUUCUAUGCCAAGAUUUUUUUUUUUUUUUUGAAAAGUGGCUUCCUUAUAUGUAUGUUUCCUAUUAUUUUAGAUGAAACAUUUAUUUCAGAACAGGUUACCAUAUGCCUGGAUACUUUGAGUGAUUAACUGAAGCAGCUCCUAGAACGCUAUUAGCCUCUAAUGAUUAUGUAAUAUCCUCUGUGAAAUGCUCUUCAGUGUGUGUAAUGAAAAGACCAGAGCUCCUACUAGGAGUUGAUUCAUGGUGUCAGGACGACUAGAUAGUCUCCAGCAAAACUACAUGCAUGUGAACGGCAUAACAUUCAUACACUAUAUGAGCUAUAUAGCUCCCAUCUUCCAGAGAGAUUGCCUAAGUAAUGAACUGAUGAUACAUGUUUUUAAAGCUUGUGUUCUGUUUCAUAAAGGAAAGAAAGAGGCAAGCUAAGUAUAUGGAAACCUAUUUCAACAGUACGAAAGGAACGAAAUAAACAGACAUCAAAGGAAAACAAGUUGGAGCCAGUAGCAGAAAGCAGAUUGUUCCCAUUUUAAAUUUGCAGUGAUUCAAUUGGACGAGGUGGUAGAGAUUUGUUGAAUUUCUUUAUUAGUCAGAUUACUGGCUUUUAUUGCAUUGUGUCAGAUCCUUAAUGUCAUUUCAAAGUACUGUUUUAAUAUUUAAUUUCCUUCCAUAGAUGAGGUCCUAUAAUCAGACAUAGCCUUAAGCACUCUGAACCCACCACCAGGAAUUCAUAAAGCCACUCGCACGCACACGUGCUGAUGCACUCAACUGUGCACAAACACACACACAAAGGCAUCUACUGCACACUUGGAAAUAUUUUACACAUUCUGCCUUGAGAAAGGGAUUUAAAUUUGAUUUCACCCCGGUAGUGCUAGUUAGACUCCAGCUGCAUUCAUUCCCCCCCCAGCGAAUGUAAAGAACGUAAAUUUCUUUCCUAGCCGUAAAACAAAGGAUCUUGAUUUUCUUCUCGUGCAUUUGCUUGUGAGGGUUGUAGUCUCCUCUGUGUGAAUCCAUGACAAAAGUUCUGUUUGUUCAUUUGUUCAACUGUACAGGAAAGUUAAGUGUACCUGAAGUACUGAUGAGAAUAUUGUAACAGUAAAGGCAAUCUAUUGAUAAAUCUCUUUUAUAAGCACUGGGACAAACUAUUUUUGCUUUCACAGUUCUGGGACUCCUUUCUCCAAUUCCACCACGAUGCUGUGUCUUCUUUUAUAAGUAAAGGAAAGUGUCAGCAAAGUUUACCUUCAUUUUCUCUUGCCUGGCAAUUAACCAGUUAUGCAAGAUGUAAAAUAUUUUCUCUUUUUUUUCUUUUUUUCCCGUAUGUUUUCCAUUAAAAAAACAAAACAAAACCUCUAUAUCUUUAAGAAUUCCACCCACGCCAGUCAAAAUGAAGGAUGCAGGCAAUUAAUUAAAUGGCCUCAGUAGCUUGAUGGGAAAUCAGCACCAAUGCAGGAAGCCUGGAUCCUAACCUUGUCCACCUAUAGGCAAGGAAUCAUAGUUGCUUUUUUUGUGCCAAGGGCUACUUUCAUUCAUGUUCCUGGAGAUUGAAGAGUUGGCUUUUUUUUUUUUUUUAGCAUUUUAAUAGAUUUAUAUUCCAGUUAUUAUUAUGCGUUUCCUAAAUUGGCCAUAUUUGCUGUUUUUUUUUUUUUUUUAAUGGGAAGGAUUAAAUGUGGGCUGAUGAUACCUUUGCUAUGUUGUGUAUGAUUCUGAGAUGCUUGGUUGAUUAAGUCUGUUUAGUCAGAGAGCUGAACAAAUUAGAGAGGAGAAAGUCAAAUCAAUUGUUGGCCCUGCAUUUAUCAGUGAGUUUAAUGGCUCUGCACAAAGACAGCCUGACUUUAAUGUCUACAUCACACAAUGUGACUUGAACUACUCUGGCAUCAGUUCUAAUGGCAGUUGGAUGCUUUUAUUCUUCCAUUAGCACUGACCGGGAGAAAUUUUACUAUAGCAUUUUCGAUAAUUGCAAGAGGAAAUAGAUUUUUAUUAUUUCACCUAAUAACAACAAUGACAUAUAGGACAUUAAGGGCUUCCUUUAGAUACGUUUUCCACAAAUUAUCUGCCUAUGUAAAUACAAAACGUUUCACGUUGAUGAAUGUGACGUUUUACGGAGUUUUAAGGGUUUCUUCAUUCAUCUCAGAAGUAAGUUUUGAAGUAUUUGCACUUAAAUGAAUAAUAUUCAAAGUACCCUUUGCUUACACGGUUACCAAGGUAAAAAGGCUAUGUUAGAUAUCAAGGUUUCUUAUACGGAUCUGAGUUUUCAUUCCUUACAUCUUUGUCAGAUUAGUCUUCAGAGACUUUUUACCAUUCACUUUGUGUGCAGAGAUUAAUUAAAACAGCUUUCUCCCCGCCCUCUCCGUACCCGCCAUGUUUACUUGGUGCCCUCAGAUGGCAGUAAGGGGACACUUCUCGCGAGGGUGGAGUGUUUUGACACUUGCGUAGUGGAACACAUUUCCUGAGGGUAGUCGUUCCAGAUUUCUCCCCUGAAUGAUGACAAUCUGGCCUUGGUCCCCUGUGCUCCGUUUCUACUGAGGCGUGUUCCAAUAUAUUUGCAUAGACUUUGUGCUCAUUCUUCAGCAACUAAUCAUUCUUAAGAAACUAAUUAAAGAAUUUUAUACUCUUAAACGUAAGGAGAAAGCAUCACAGUUGCCUCCUCUCACCAGUGGCAAUGGCUGGUUUAAAGUACCCGAAUGAAGUAACAGGAGGAACCCAAAUACCCCGGCCCUACCCGUUUCCCUCCGUCCUCUCCAGGCAGCCCAAGGGAUGAACAACAUAGUUCCUAUUCGUGGAAACUCGGCCUUAGGAAUUUUUGAUUCCCCACGCACAAAUAUGCAUGACAGCUUGGGACCACACGCUAGCAUGGCCGACUGGUGACAUAUAGACCUGUGUGGGAAAGCAAGAGGCAAGCGUUUGCUUCACAGAAAGACGUGUCUGUAACAUGGUCAGGUGGUAAGUGUGGUUCCCCCUCAAGGGCGGUCAGCGUCUGGCUCUGAGCAUCUCCUGACGGCUGGCAUAAAUUGCUUCUCACAGCCUUUGCACUGUGCUGAUGAUAUAAAGGAGUCAGCUUCUUGCAAGAACAGUCCACUUCUAAGGAAUGUUUUUCUUUCACUGCAGAGAAUGCUUUCAAGGAGCGAUUCACAAUGAUAGUUUCAUGAUUACGGAAAGGAGUCCCUUCUCAAACUGAAAGAGGACAGAUUAAAAUGGCCACGAAGCCUCCGGAACUGAAACUGGGCGCAUUUUAUGAGCGAUAAGUACUUAAAUUCAAAGCAACCUGUAUUCGUGGGGCAUAUACUGUAUCGGAUACUUCAUAGAACCCCCUUCAGUUUGGAGUUCACACGUAGCCGUCCCGUGGUGGGACUUUCUUAACAGUCCCUAAAGACGUCUUUCUUUUAUCGAGGGCUAGGCAAUAUUCCUCCCCUCGUGUGCCAUCUUUCAUUCCUGCUUUUUGUUUGUUUCCAUCCCAUUCCAUCUUUACCCCUCCCCCUUCCCUUCUUCCCCUUUCUUUUCCCCUAGUGUCUGGGACAGGAAUAUAAAGUCUUCACUAACUUAGGGUGACACAAGAGCUAAAAACUACUUCGUGGCAUGACCGGCUCACUUCCAAUAGAAAAAAAAAAAAAGCCAACCCAAGCCAUAAAGCUGAAAAUUGGUUUUGCGUCUGAGACGAUGGUGCUCCCAUCACUGGCAGAGAGACGGGGCACUGUUGUGCAGUUAACGGGCAAACGCUCUGCUUUCUUUUUUUUGACGGUAUCCUCUCUUUCUCGGGUUUAACAUCAAAACUAUAGACAGAAAUCUCUUCUGUUGUCCUGGCAAUACUUCUUCCCUGUAGGAUUUCAGUCAUUCCAGGCACGUUGCACGUGGUUUUCUAUCAUCAACCCAGCCCAGGCUUGCUCUGGGUGUUCCGUGUGGUUUGUUUAAGUAGGAACUAGCUGAGCGAUCCCUCGCCUCGAUACAAUUCUGGACUUCAGAGACAAGCCCCUGGCUCUUUCAAAAGUAGCGCAUCCUACCUUCUGUCUGUGGCCAUUGAAUUCUGGCGCCUAUUUUCUGAUUCACUAAUUCAUUCAACUGAUAUUUACUGAAGACCUAGAAAGUCAGCCACCGUGAAUUCGAGGGUUGUAUAUGGAAGUAAAACAACUAACAUAUACCAUGUGUCGACUCUGUGCCGGGACGAUCCUCUGUGCAUUGUUAUCGCCACGGUCCACAAGAACCGUGCAGGGUGGGUAUUAGCUCCAUCCUGCAGAGGAAGGAAAUAAUGCGCGCAAAGGUGAGACACCUUGUCCAGAGUCGCCCAUUUCAUACGUAAUGCACAGGAUUUGAAUGAGAAACCUAACUCUAUAGCUCCUGCUUUAAUUACACAUCUUCUUUUUUAGCCAUAUGAUUCCAUUUUUGUAUAAGUCGUUUUAAGUAAGAAACUGAUCAAAGUUCUGAACUGUGAGAGCCAAACCAGAUUUUUAUAAUUGUGGAUACCAUUCAACCGAUGACUAUUCUAUUUGAGUUAAAAGUGAACUUGUUUUGGUUUUUUGGGUUUUUGGUUUUUAAUUCUUUGAUGGCUUUUAUACAUGCAAGUCUAAAAGAUCUCAGAGUCUAGCAGGUUUUUUCCUCACCUGGGCCAGUCAAAAUUGUGGACUAUAUUCCCCAGUUAUUCUCGAGUUACACACAAGCAGGUCUGCCUACAGAUUUUGUAAUCUGCUGUCUGUUUUGUCAGUAACAAAACCAAAAACCAUUUCAGUAGUGAACCCAGCGGGUUGCAAGCUGAGUUUUCUUCCACUCCGCUUCUGUUAAUACUCCUGUAUUUAGGGACAAUCCAUUUGAAAUUGUAACAUGGUCACAAUUAACAAGGUUAUUUUACUAAUCGAUGACCUGCCUACGCUUGGCGAGAUGCUUUUAAAAUGGAUUUUAGACCUCGUAUUAAUAAGAUGUAAUGAAGAGUUCGGUGACAGGUGGUCAUUCUAUUGAAUCGUCAACUGGGGUCCUUUUUGGUAACUACUCAAUAAUUGGUAGAGUAACUUUCUGCUUUGUGUGGGAAGAUAAUAUUUUUAAUAAAAUACAGCCUAGGUGACUGGCUAUCAGAGACAUAUUAAACUUUCUCAGAUACCUACCAGGAUCAUCUAAUAAGCUAAAGCAGAGAUACUAAAAAUACCUGGUCAAACCGCAUAGGGGCAUAGAGCAGACACACAGCAAAUCCUUGUGACAUGCCAUGCGAUGGCCCUAGGCAGCCUAAAGGAAUUAGUAAGCCUUCUCAGAUAUCUACACUGCAACCAUUUAUCCCCCACUGCACAGUUAUUUCUAAAGAAAGGAAGAGAAAUGCUAACAAAGUAAUAGAUGACAUUGUUACUGCUUCUAGGAUGAAGUGAACUGAAUGCGAAGGAUCCGAGAGUGGCCGUUCUAUCAAGAACGUCAGGGAAAAUGGUUUUGACGCUAUAGGCAAAGUAAAUUUUUGUCAUUUUUACUUGACUCCAGCUCUCUGCCGGGCUCAGUGCUAACUUCAGGUUUUGACCAAGUUAUUUAUAUGAAAUAUCUCAGUGUACCAUAGGGAAUUGCAGGUUCUUUGAAAAUAAUGACAAAGAAGACCCAAAUGAGAAAUUCCAUCUCUAUAAUUAGUUUUCCUGAAAGUCAGGCAUGUCUUUGAGGACAAGCUUUUGGCUGUAUUAUUUUUGUGCACAGGAGGAAAAUGGUUAGUAGGUUUAUAGAUAUUAUUUUUAUAAUAGAAUCUUAAGUCCCCCCCAAAACAUCAAAAAUUGUCUUCUAGAACUACUCUAUGUUUUUAAAACUUGUUUUACAAGAGGAUUCCAGAUAGCAAUAGGAUCUUUUCUCCUUCCUCCAAUGACUUAAUGGGAUAAAUGAACCAAUGUUUAUAUUUUUAAGCCUGUAAAUAUUUUAUUUUGGGUAUUUUGUAUAUUUGUUGAUAUAAUUCCAUUUUGUGCAUAUGUAUCAUUGUGCAUGUUGCUGUUUUUGAUAGCCACUCUUUUAAUGAAUGUAAGAAGCUUGAGCUAAUAGCACUUUUCUUGUUUCAUUCAAACAUCUUAAAAUGAAAAUACAACACUGCCAUUUUAACUGUUGUGUUCAAUUCAGCCAAUAAAUUUUGUUGCUCCUUUA